AUGGCAGCGGCUACAGAUGAUGACAAUGCUAACUCGUCAAGCAGUAGCUUCAGCGUGAAGCUGAUAAUCGACAAAAAGGAAAAGAGGGUUCUGUGCGCGGAAGCAGGAAAAGACUUUGUUGAUUUCCUGUUCAAUUUCCUGGCAAUGCCGGUUGGUGCCAUCGCCAGGCUCGUUGUUGUAACAGAUGAUCAUGAUGGUAAAGAAGAAGGCACGACCACAAUCCCAGGCUGCAUCGAGAAACUCUACGACAGCGCUCGUAAUUUGGACCUAUCUUUCUUCAAGAAUCCCAACAGCAAGGACUACCUGGUCACCAACCUCCACCCCGAAACCAAGGUCACAAAGCUGCCUUUGCUCCCAAUUCCACAAAAGCGAUCUUUCCAAAGGACGUUAUACAAGUCCUAUUGUAACUAUAACACGACCCUUACCCCUAACGGUCGACCGUACCUGUAUUUUACCGACACGGAGGAACGUUGUCGUCGUGAAGCCGACUUCGUGAAGGACCUAGUGACCUACAUGGUGAUGGAUGAUCUCACGGUUUCGCCCUUGGAAUCCACCAUGUCUACUGCUAUCUCCCUUCUCACCAAGUUCAAUAUCAAGGAUUUGGGGGUCAUCGAGGAAAGAGUGGUGCAGGUCGGCAUCAGCGAGGGACUGGAGCUGUUGAGGGCGUUUAUGCGCACCAAAUCGGCUCUUACCAGUGUGUUUCUCGAGAAGAAGGAGAAAAUCGUCAAGGAGGAAUUGAAACUAUUUUUAUGA